UGUAGUUCAGGACAAACUGCAUAAAACUUCAUUAUAUUUUACAGAUUAGAUUACUACUUCUUGUCGAGCUCCUUAUGAGGGAUCAUCUGGAGGACAUCCCAGGUCUUAAAACUCAACACCUACGCUACAUACUCUUCUGAUGUGAACAUAACUUCCGAGAUUGGCAAGAAGAGAGAUUGGGUAACAAGUACAAGGCAUACUUUAAAACACUAUACAACUGUCUCUCCACUGAGAAGCUACCACAUUACUUCAUUGAUAAAUGCAACAUGAUGGAAACUAUACUAAGAACGCUACAUGCGACAGAUACAGGCACGGGUGAGGAACAUAAAGGACAAUAUUCCUAUCUACUUGAUGCACACUAUGUAUCGCAUGAGGACUGCAGAAGAUUUUUAUCCAAUGCUCGACAUCCUCGAGCUUUACAAACUUGUCACAAGGAAGACAUUUGGCUUAGGACAACUAAACCCACAGCUGCUACAACUGGGAUGCAGAUGAAUUUCAGGAAGAACAGAAUAAGUUGGAUGAUGGUGAGGAUGUCCUGUAUAGUGAUUCAGAGGAGGAGUAUGAACACCGCAUGAUGAAGGUAAUGUAACACGUUGUUUUAGUUUAUUUUGUCAAGAAAAUACUUAAUCAUCAAAGUUAUUCCUUUGCUCAAUAACAUGUGGUACAGUGCCUCUCACAAAUGUGUCCCAGUUUCAAUUCCCGGGCCAGGUCAGAUUGGAGAAUGGUGUUAUCCAUUAUGACCACCCUACCAAAUAAAUAAGGUUUUCGCCAGAUACUAUGGUCCCCCUGUACUAACACUGAACAAGGAAGGUAGUAACAAAACAAAAUACAGGCCAGUUGCCCAAAUGGCUAAUAAACUGACAAUGGUGGUGGAAAUGAUUUAAUACUUACUACUGUAUUAACUUCUGCAACAAAGUUUUUUCUUCACUUUAAUGGAGAGAUUUAGUUUACACUAUGAUUUACACCUGUACAGUCUCACUCAAAAGUUUGUUAACUCUCCCAGCCUGCUAUUGCUACA